AUGGCAGUGCUCACCUACUUCGGAGCCCAGUUUGCUGUCAUCAGGCGUGUGUCCCCGGAGGGGUCCCCCUACGAGGCCAUGCACAGCUGGGUGCUCACCUACUUCGGAGCCCAGUUUGCUGUCAUCAGGCGUGUGUCCCCGGAGGGGUCCCCCUACGAGGCCAUGCACAGCUGGGGUGAGUGGGGCCCUGGUGGCCGCUGUCGGGGAGGGGCUUCAGGUGCCCAGGCAGCUGGGGAGGAGCCCUGGGCUGGGGCUCUGCACGCUGGGGACCCCUGGCCGGGGCACCCUAACCCUCACCUCCCUGCCCGCCCAGCCUUCUUUGCAGGGGUCAGCCUGGCAGGACUCCUCGCCCUGGGGGCUGUGCUGAGCGCCGCGGCCACUGUGCGGGAGGCUGGAGGCCUCAUGGCCGGGGGCUUCCUGUGCUUCGCGCUGGUCUUCUGUGUCCUGGUGCAGGUGGCCUUCUGGCGACUCCACAACCCCACCCAGGUGGAGGAUGCCAUGUUGGAUACCUACGAUCUGGUGUAUGACCGGGCGCUGAGGAGCCCGUCCAGCGCACGGCGGCAGGAGCUGGUGGCCGUCCAGGACACGUUCCUGUGCUGUGGGAAGACCUCUCCUUCCAGCCUCCUGGGCAGUGUGGAGGCUGACCUGUGUCGGGGAGAGGCGGCUGCCACCCAGGACUGCCUGCAGGGCAUCAGGCGUUUCCUGAGGACACACGGACACAUCGCCUCCAUCCUGACCAGCGCCUGCCUCGCCUCCAUGGUGUACGCGAUGCUGCUCAGCUCCUUCCUGUGGUUCACCAUCCGCUCCGGCCGCAGCCUGGACCGUAAAGGGACAUACGCCCUGAGCCCCCGAGCGCGUGGCUGCCGGCCCCAGGAGCCCAGCUUCUUCAGACGCACCCAGGGGAGCCCUGCCCUCCAUCACCUCGAUGACCUUCUGGGCUCAGGUGGACACUCGGGUGGCCCUCGGCUGCUCCAGGACAACUGAUGCUGUUUCCACCGCCGGUCCUGCCACCCGUAUGCCCACAGAGGCAAAGACACCGCCACCUCACCCCCAUGCCCGCCCCGUGCCCCUCGCUGGAGAUGGGAUCUGUGCUGUCCACAGCCUGGUGGGAUGGGCCGGGGGAGCCCCGCCCGAGAAGCGGCCCCAUUUCAGCAGACGGGGUCAGGGGGCGCCGGUCACGCGCAGACGCCACGGAGCAGGCUUGGAAUGGAGUCCAGCCGGGAGCCAGUGGCAGGCCCGCCGGGCUCCGCCAGGGCCACCGGUCGGACAGGGACGCGGAGCUCCGGCUGCAGGACAGGCCGGGCUCUGCUCUGAGGCCACGCGCCCCUCACGCGGCCCCUCCGGCCCCAAGGCAGCAGCGGGGGGAGCUGCCCCGGUUCUCCCAUGAGAACGCG